AUGCCCUCAAAAGUUAUUCUCGAAAACCCACCCACCGGAAACGUCAACUUGAGCUGGGAUCAAGAAGACUCCACAUUCAAGCUUACUAAUAACGAACUUCCCCCUUUGGGCGAUGGCGACGUUCGUGUCAAGGUUCUUUACCUUUCCAAUGAUCCAGCUCAAAGAGGCUGGAUUGCCCCUAACCAGAACCCGCUGAGAUCUUAUGUAAAACCUGUGGAGAAAGGUGACAUUGUAUUUGCACGAGGAAUCGGAAAGAUUUUGGAGUCGAAACUGGCCAAAUACUCCGAGGGUGACUACAUCCUGGGGCUGUUCGGCUGGACGGAUGAACAGGUGGUGAACGACCUGGCAAUGACCUUGAAACAUGAUCCAAACGCUGGUCUUCCCUUGCCCACAUAUCUUGCAACUUUGGGAACCAUUGGCUUGACAGCUUACUUCGGGUUGAAGGAAGUGGGAAAGCUUCAAAAAGGACAGACUGUCUUGAUCUCAGCUGCUAGUGGCGCUACAGGCUCGACUGCCGUGCAAUUGGCUAAACACCUCUUUGGUGCAAGUAAGGUUUAUGGAAUCGCAGGCAGUGAAGAAAAGUGUCGUUGGGUCGAGCUGCUUGGCGCCGAUAAGUGCGUGAACUACAAAGACCCCUCUUGGAAAGAGGAGCUUGCCAAAGAAUUCGAAACAGUGGAUGUCUACUUUGACAACGUCGGUGGUGAGAUUUUGAGCUGGGCCUUGACUAAAGUUACUCCUUUCGGACGUGUCAUUGCAUGUGGUGCCAUUUCAGGCUACAAUAACCCAUCCCUUGCUACUGUCACCACGUGGACAGAAAUCACCUUCAACAGAUUGACCAUCCAGGGUUUCGUUGUGAUGGACUUCAAGGACCAGUUCCAGGAGGCUAUUGGCGUAUUGAUCAAUGCCAUCAAGGAAGGGAAACUUAAGGCUACCGAGAGUGUUUCAGUGGUUGAUUUGACGAAUGAGGACGUUCCGUUGAAGAAAGUUCCAGAAACCUGGAACCGCUUGUUCACUGACAAGCCCCGUGGUAAGCUUUUGACCAAGAUUGGCAACGAAUAA